CCCCGGCCCAAGAAAAAGCAGACGCUCGGCGGAAUCUGCUCAAGAGUCUUCCACCGGCCCUCACCGCCGCCGCCAUGUGAGCAACACCUGCGUCCUCAGUUUCUUCAUUCUCUGCAUUUCAACCUCUGCAUUUCAUCCGCAGCGCCUGAGCCCCGCGUUGUCAUACGACAUCAGUCGACUAUGACCGAGCUCUCGUCGUCGCCCGCCAAAGGCUCGAGCAUCCCACGAAAUUCGAGUUUUCCGCGCAUCGCAAGCUUCAAGGGCUUUCUUCCACUAGCCGGCGAGUCGAGUGCACUGUCAACGCGAGGCCAGAACCUGCCCAACUUACUCCUUGCACGCCGUCCGUCAACUCUGCGUCCCGAGCGCCGGGGGAGCACAUCCGACAGCGAAGAUGACAUCGAAAGCCUCCGGCAUGGGCUUAUGAUGUCCUAUGACAAGGACGCCGAGCGAAGGAUGAGCAUGGGCGCGCACGCAUUGCAUACGCCGCAGAUGAGAAGCCAGCGGUUGAUUGGGAACUCGAAUCCGAGGUACAAGUGGGAGAGGUACUUCAAGCCGGACGUGGAGCUCAAGCAGAUGAAGAAGCCCAUACGAAAGUACUACGAGCGCAACAACUUCCUGAUCCAGCACUACAUGUACAUCGACCGCAUUCUCGACUCCUCGCUCCCCCACAACUUGAUCCAAGAGUACAGCACCGUGGGGUCAGGGCAAGUAGACAUUCCAUCGACCAUCAAUGAGGAGUCUCAUUCCAGUGGCACUACCCCUACUCUCCUCACUCCCGGCGGCUACACCGACCCGACCAGCACUCCGGUCAGCGGCACUACACAAGGGAGCAACGGUUCGCAGGUCAAGCUCAAGCGGACGCCCAAGAAUCUGUACAAAGUGCCCGAGGAGACAACGCCAUUGCUUCCAGGUGAUGAGGAAGAAGACAUCGAGUCUCCGAGGAAGGACAUGCCGGACUGGGUACCCGAGGAAGAUGAAGACACCGAGAGUCCUAUUGUGAAGCUCGCGCUUUACGUCAAUAUGGCCGCUAAUACAGUGCUCCUAAUUUUGAAAAUUAUCGUCACCAUCAUGACGUCGUCGCUCUCGGUAAUCGCGAGUUUGGUAGACGCUGCGCUCGACUUCCUCAGCACGGCGAUCGUGUGGUUCACCUCGUGGAUGAUCGCCAGGCAAGAUCGGUACGCCUAUCCAGUUGGGAGGCGGCGUCUCGAACCUAUCGGCGUCCUGGUCUUCUCGGUUGUCAUGAUAACCUCGUUCUUCCAGGUCUCCAUCGAGGGUUUCUCCCGCUUGACCGGAACAGAUUACACAGUAGUGCAGCUCACGAUCCCUGCCGUUGCCAUCAUGGCUUCGACCGUCGUCAUCAAAGGUCUUUGCUGGCUGUGGUGCCGCCUCAUUCGAAACUCCAGCGUCCAGGCACUCGCGCAGGAUGCGCAGACCGACGUUGUUUUCAACAUCUUCAGCAUCAUAUUCCCUCUAAUCGGAUACUACGCUCAAAUAUGGUGGCUUGAUCCCCUCGGCGGCAUCCUGCUCUCGCUUUUCGUAAUCCUAAACUGGUCCCGCACUUCGGCAACGCACAUUCGCAAUCUCACGGGCGCCGCUUCCACAGCCGACGAACGAAACAUCCUGCUCUAUCUGACUAUGCGCUUCGCGAAAACUAUCAAACAGAUACAGGGGAUUGAAGCAUAUCACGCGGGAGAUAAGCUGAACGUGGAGGUGGACAUUGUCGUUGAUGAAAACAUCAAUCUUAGAGAUAGUCAUGAUUUGGGCGAGUCAUUGCAAUAUGUUCUUGAGAGUGUUCCAUAUGUUGACCGAGCGUUUGUACAUAUCGAUUACACUGGUUACAACCUUCCAACGCAUAUGUCUCAGCAAGAAUAGUUGGAAGGAUCGGCAGAGCUGAGGCUGCUCAAGUUCAGUCUCUUGUUGUUCUAUUAUACGCCGCGAUUAGAGACGAUUCUAGAGCGCUAUCAUCAUACCCACGGUUUGCAAUGGAGUUGUAUGUUGGAUCUAGACAGGGUCAAAUUCGUAGGCUUUGCCCCUGAAAGCAUCCGUCGCUAUCAUUGAACAUCUUCAGUCACCGAAGCAGUCUGCAUUCUUUGCGAGACUUACCUUUCGCUCUAUUGCUUCCACCCCGGGACUCUCUCGGUGCGGGAUCGUCCGGACGCAGCGACGUGCGUAACUGCUACCCUAGAGGCCUUCACAGGUACUUACAAUAGAACGUAUAGUUAGCUGUCCGAGCAAUCUUACUUAUUU